AUGAUGACAGUGGCUAUGAUCAUUUCAUUGGAGCUGCAUGUUGGGAGAGAAGAUGAGCCUGAGUACUAUCGGGCGAUGGCAUUCGUGGCAUUGUUGGCAGUGUUUGGUUCCAUGAGGAUGGACGACUUGCAAGGCCUCUUGCCAACCACUAUGAAGAUCACUGCGCAAGGCUUCCGUGCCACAUUGGGGCGCACGAAGACGACUGGAGCGGAUCGCCGCAACAAAGAGGUGUCGGUCUUUAUCCAUCGCCAGGCAGGGCUGUCAGGGUUUGAUUGGCUAGGGGGCACACGGCUUCUUUACGGGCCACACACCGCGCAACUGGCUCACAUCGGCGGCAGCGGUGUUGGGCUGGCCAAAGAUCAGCGUGACUUUCUAGGUCGUUGGAUGAUCGGCGGUUCGGGGUCUGCGGACUACACGCGGACUGCAAGGGAGAUUGUACAUCAGAUCCAGUAUGGGGUAUGCAAAGCAAUUGUAACAGGCGAGGGUGCUGUGUACCAUGAGGUUGAAGCACUUGAUGAGCUCAAGAAGUAUGUGGACAACCACGGGGGCUCAGGGGCACUUGCUAGGCGACGGCACGAUGUCUUCAAAGUUGUUGAGGGCGCGAGGUGCUUGGGAAACAAGUGGCCCACGAUUGAACUUGAAGAGACUGACCUUAGUGAAGAUGAGGGCCCAGGUGAGGCAGAGGCUGUGCAGGGCAGCCGCACGAAGUACUUCAUCAGCAUCAGCCGGAAAGCUGGCUACCGUCGCUUGCAUCUCAAUGGGCCGUGCCACGUCAAGCCUCACCACUGCACCAAGGUGGAGUAUGUAGAUCGUGUCAUGCUUGACCAGAUUGAUAGCAUCUGCCGUGAUUGCAAACACCGCAUGAGGGACGAGCUGGGUAUGGAGCCCAGCCAGGACACCAGUAGCGAGAGUGCGUCCACAAGUGACUCCGAAAGCUGUGAGGGUUGA